UCAUUAAUAAUAAUAAUAAUAAUAAUAAAUUAAAACGUUUCGCGAACUCAAACCCUAAACUCAGUCUAAAAAUUCGUUCAUUCUUUCUACAAUUGCUGCCGUCCGAACAGCUGGUACCGAUUAUCAUCGAGCAUGGGGAAGAGAGAGAAGCGGAAAGCGAAGCUCGAUCUCGAAGAAGAAGACGAAGCAGAACCCAGCGGCUCUGCCAAGCCAUCGAAUUCCUUCUUGGGACUGACCAGCGACGACAACGACGACGACGAAGCGGCGAACGAAGAUUUGAGCCUGAAGAUCGUCGAGAAGGCGCUGUUGAUGCGCGCCGCCAAGUUGGUUCCCGACGCCGCCGCCGACGACCACGGCGACGCCGGCGUUUUGAAUGGAACUCAGGGAGCAAUUGAUGGCGGUGGCAAUGGAUCUUCUUCGUCUGUAUUGGAAGGGGAGGUGGUUGAAUCUCCCAGUGGCAGUGGCAGAAUUGUUAAGAAGAAAAUUGUUAAGAAGAUUGUUAAGAAAAUUGUUAAGAAGAAAAUUGUUAAGAGGAUUAAGAAGAUGGAAGUUCAAGACCAAUCCGUCGUUGUUGUGAACGAUAAAGAGGAGGAGGAGACAGUGGAAGCCUCAAAUAUGGUUGAGCCUGUUGAUCCAAAUGCUGUUGAAAUAACUGACAACAUUGUGUUUCGGAAGCUUCUUCGGGGGCCAAGGUAUUUUGAUCCCCCAGAUAGCGGUUGGGGAGCAUGCUUUAAUUGUGGUGAAGAAGGUCAUACAGUGGCAAACUGUACAGCAGCUAAGCGGAAGAAACCUUGCUUUGUUUGUGGGAGUUUGGAGCACAAUGCAAAGCAAUGCUCAAAGGGACAAGAUUGCUUUAUCUGCAAAAAAAGUGGCCACCGAGCAAAAGACUGUCCUGAAAAGUACAAGGGUGGCUCUUUAAGUUUGAAAAUUUGUUUAAAAUGUGGAGAUUCAGGACAUGAUAUGUUUUCAUGCUGGAAUGAUUAUUCACCUGAUGAUCUCAAGGGAAUACAAUGUUAUAUCUGCAAGAGACUUGGGCAUAUAUGUUGUGUUGAUUAUGUUAGUACUAGCCCUGGAGUAAUUUCUUGUUAUAAGUGUGGUCAAUUGGGCCAUACUGGUUUGGCAUGCACAAAGGUACGUGGGGAAGCCAAUGGUAUGGUGUCAUCUAGUUCGUGCUACAAGUGUGGUGAAGAAGGACAUUUUGCCCGUGAAUGCACGAGUUCUGCUAGGGCUAGCAAGAGGAGUCGUGAAUUAUCAACCCCAACUUUGAGAUUUCACAGAGAAGAGAGAGACUACUCAGAAUUCAAGUCUUUGCCUAAAGAUCUUGGUAAGGUUCGUAAAAAAAAGACAAAAAGAAAUGAAGAACAAGGCAAUACUACACCACGAAAAUCAAAACGAAGAGGUGGCCAGAUAAUGGAGGAUCCUGGAGACAUUUCUACACCACAAAAGUCAAAACAUAGAGGUGGCUGGAUAACGGAGGAUCCUGGUGACUUCUCCCAUAGAAAAGCCAAAAAGAACAGCUGGAGGUCUCCAGCAACACCAUCAAAUAAGGGUCAUACAAUAUCUACUUUAACUGCUGGUGGUCACAUUUCAAGCUCUCGAGCAUCUAAAAAAUCAAGUAAUUUUCACUCGGGAACUUCAAUGUCACAAGGAUCACCAAUGGCUUUUCAGCACAGAUUUUCAGCAUCAAGGUUUGACAACUCUGGCGGUGCUGGGAUGCAAAGAAGUUAUAAUUGGUGGUAGGAACACAAGUUGAUAUAUAAACAGAAGCUACAGGAAGGAGAUAAAAUCAAACGUAAUUGAGACUCAGAGAUUUGAACUGGCUCUACAAAUUGGUUGUUUCAAUGCUUAUGGAGCAUCAUGCUUCACCUCUGUUGUAUCUUACUUACGUCUGACUGUUAGCAAAAAAUAGCUACAUCGACCUCAUCAGAGUUCUUUUGGCUGUUCAUUGCUAGUAAAACAUCCAUUAAUUGAGAGCUGCAUGAUCCCUUUGCUUUGUUGAGCUUUAUUCUCUUUUCAUUUUUAUUUAUUAUAUUUAUUAUCUUGCUUUUGGAAGCUCUCUUUUAAGGGAUUGUCGUGUUGAGGCCUGAGCCUUUUACCAUGAAAUAUCAUGUUCUCUAAAUUUGUCACAGCCACACCCCUGAAUAUUAAAGCAAAUUUUCACACACAACUUAUUGUACUUUUGAGUUUUGACAACCAAUUGCAAAUAUUUUUUGGUUUCAUCUAACAUCAAAAUGUGAUCGAGGAUUAUUAUUAUUUUUUUUUAGAGGAAAUGAAGAUUUAUCCUUUCUGAUU